AUGGGCUAUUUCAACAUGUUCCCCGACAAGGGAUUACCCGGCGUGGCUUAUCCGACAAGGCCUCUGCCACACUUUGACUCUCUCUGGGGCCAGCUGCAGUACUACAUCCAUGCCGAGGUCCUCACCACCGACCCCAUCGGCCAGCCUGUUGUUCGAGCCGAUUCCGAAGACCCAGAGCCUCUACUUGACCCCCACCUCUGGACAAUCCCUAUCGAGUUUAUGAGCUCCAUGGUGGUGUUCAUGUUCCUGACGGCAUUCACCAGAUCAGGAUGCUCUUUGCACUAA